UCAGUUAAUCUGUUCAGUUCAGUCUAAUCUGAAAUAUUUAAGUAGACGGUUGAGUCUCGGGUCAACAGUUCAACGUUUCUAUAUGUCAAUACGAGAGGAAUAUUAAUAAGUCUUCGUUAUUGUUCGGCCGUUCAGUUAUUUCAAGUUUUAUUGUUAGGAGUGGUUUUGAUUGAAGGCUUCAUUAUUAUGGCAUCGAAGAAAUUUAUCAAUUCCGUUGACAAUGUUGUCCAUGAGACAUUGACUGGACUGUGCGCUGUUUAUCCGGGAUUGAAUUAUCAUUCAUUAAAGAGAGUUGUGCUCGCUUCCAAUGAUAAUGAAAAAGACAGAAGUAAAGUAUCUGUUAUCUGCGGUGGAGGAAGUGGACACGAGCCCUUUAGUGCAGGAUUUGUGGGAACUGGAAUGCUCAAUGCUAGCAUCGCUGGCUCGGUUUUUGCUGCACCACCACCUAAUCACGUUCUCUAUGCGCUAAAAUCUGUUCAAGGCAAUGCGGGAACUUUGGUAAUCAUUCCUAAUUACACUGGAGAUUGUUUGAAUUUUGGCAUUGCAAUCGAAAGAGCUAGGCAGGAAGGUCAAAAGAUUUUAGAAAUUGUCAUCGGUGAGGAUUGCAGCAUUCCUAGUAACGAAUUAGGGAGAGCAGGGAAACGAGGGCUAGUGGGUAUGCUCUUCGUCAUAAAAAUUGCAGGAGCACUCUCACAGAGGGGUAAAUCACUAGAGGAUGUUCAUCAACACGCUACAAUUAUUUCUGAGAACAUUGCUACAUACGGAGUUGGCUUGACGGCUUGCUCUCUACCGGGACAAGGACCCAUGUUCACCCUCCCGGAUGAUGAGAUGGAAGUCGGCUUGGGGGUUCAUGGCGAGGCUGGGUAUAAUAGAAUGAGGAUUCAGGAAGCAAGAGACAUUGUUGCCAUCAUGUUAAAUAGAAUUUCACAGUCAUUGUCUUUGCGGAGAGGAGAUGAUAUCGCUGUUAUCAUUAAUAAUUUCGGAGGAACCAGCCAGCUGGAACAGGGAAUUGUAGCUCAUGAAGUGGUCGACUAUUUGAAAAAGAAAGGGAUAAAUCUGUUGAGAAUUUACUCUGGAGUACUCAUGACAUCGUUGGACAGUACGGGAAUUCAUGUGUCUAUUGUGAAGCUUCCUCAGGCUCAUAAAGAUCUCUACAUUCAGUGCUUGGAUGACCCCACUGAGGCCCCCUGCUGGCCAGGACGUUCAUACAGUUUGCCGUCAAACUCAACACCACAAUUUACAGAUGAGAGCCAUGUAACUGUUCCUGAAAUGGGGAAACAGCUCGGAAAUGAAGCAACUAAGAUUUUAAGAGAAUGCUUGAGGAAUGCUUGCCAAGCCAUUACCAAGAAUGAAGAGAAAUUAAAUAAUUUAGAUCGUGGGUGUGGAGAUGGUGAUUGUGGAUCUACUCACAGAAAACUAGCUGAGGGAAUUCUUUCAUCAUUGGAAACAUUUAAAAUAUCUCAUCCGGCUUCUUUAUUGAUCGAACUCUCCGGAAUCGCUGAGGAGGGCAUGGGAGGCACUUCCGGGGCUGUUUACAGUUUAUUCUUUGCAACAGCUGCAACAACUCUGACUCAAAAUUCAUCAAAGGUCAAUUGGAAUGAAUUGUUGACUGAUGCUUGGAGAAGUGGUAUUGAUGGAGUGAUGAAGUACAGUAAAGCUCGGCCUGGAGAUCGAACAAUGCUAGAUGCCCUAGACCCAGCUCAGAAAGCGUUCGACGAUAAUUCAACAAAACCCCUGAAAGAAGCACUGAAGGCCGCAGCAGACGCGGCACAGAAAGGUUGCGCAGCUACUGAGAAAAUGCUCCCCAAAGCUGGAAGAGCAUCGUACGUCAAAAACUCCGAUUUCCUUACGAACGUGGAUGCUGGUGCAUUCGGUGUAGUGAUCUGGCUCAGAGCAGUAGUAGAAACGCUAUCGAAACUUUAAUAAAUCGAAAUUGAAAUAAAACAAGACCGUUCGUACAUAAAGAGCCUCUUUGGUUUACAUAAUUUAAUGCGAUGAAUACUUUACACGUUUACGUCGCAAAUGAGGGAUUAUAAAUAUUCUAACAAGGAUUUUUAUGAAAAAAUAGAAGAGCAGUGGUUAGACCGAAAUUUGUCAACAAUAAAUGAAAAUGCACAAAUUUU